AUGCGAUAUCGCUGGUCAGGCUCCACCAUUCUUUGUUAUAUUUUAUCCGUACUUUCUCUUCAAGCAGGAAUUAUACAAUGUCGAAGUACAUUCAGAGAAAGAAGGGGUGUUGGGUUUAGUCGAAUUUUUGCAUUCGGUGAUUCGUAUACAGAUAAUGGCUCUUUCGAUGGUUUCUUUGAAAGCAAUUCCAAUGAAAUUGAUACAGCGAGUCUCCAUCCGCAAACUUCAAACUAUAUAAGGCGUUCAGCUGACGGACCGCUAUGGAUAGAGCAUUUAGCGGAAAUUCUAGGUGAUGUUGAGUUGUUUGACUUUGCUCGGUCAGGCUCGACUGCAAAUAAUGAUAUAACUCCUAGGGGUACUGAAGAUAUGAAUACUCAAGUAAACAGCUACCUAAGUACAUCCGUAGCUUCCGCAUCAAAAAGUGGGUCAGCCUAUUUCUUAUGGACUGGCGUAAACGAUAUCAACGAUCUCUUUAAAAAGUAUGAUGGAAAUAUAGCUCAAUGUAUCAAACAGUUGGAUGAUAUAGUGUCAACCAUAGAAGAUGCCUGGCGCAAACUUCAAAAGUCAGGAGCGAAUUACAUUGUAUUCCUAGGCUUGAUUCCUUUACAGGAAUUGCCCAUGUAUCAAGAGGUGCAAUCCAAUGUUAGAAAUAAUUUGAAAGAACUAAUAUUAGAAUAUAAUGAUCGGCUACGAUUAGCUAUGGAUAAGUUCCGAUCUGGCAGUCCCAAUGUUCAAGCAUUUUUCUUUGAUACAUACGGUCUGUUUGAGCAAAAUUUCUCUCCUGAAGAACGUGAAAAAAAUGCUAGACAACAUUGUAAUGCUGGGGAAAGCUGUGAUGGUUAUAUUUGGUGGGAUAAACUUCAUCCCUCCAGUAAAACUCAUCGUCGAAUAGCAGAAGCGGUUUUUCAAUCUAUGCAAAAUGAAGGAUGGCUAUGA